UCGACGUCGUCCAUUGAAGAAGAAGAGGAGGGACGGUCUACUUUGUCCCCCUCCAUCCACAGCAAAGAUUCAGUCAUGUCGGCCCAACUUUGCAAGCUCUUUGUCGGGGGACUGAACGUGGAGACCACGGGAGAUGGCCUCCGCAGCUACUUCGAGAAUUUCGGGACGCUCACCGACUGCGUCGUGGUAAUGAAUCAACAACUCGGGCGCUCUCGUUGCUUCGGUUUCAUCACCUACACGACGCCGGAGGAAGCCGACGCAGCAAUGGCGGUUAAGCCACAUGUUAUCGACGGCAACAACGUGGAAUUGAAGUGGGCCGUAGCCCGGGAGGACGCGAACAAGCCUGAGGUGCUCGCCAACGUGAAGAAGAUUUUCGUCGGCGGUGUGAAAGACCACAUGGAGCCGAACAACCUGAGCGACUACUUCUCCCGGUUCGGCGUGGUGGAGAAGGUCGAGAUCAUCUCCGACAAGCAAACCGGCAGGAAGAGGGGGUUUGGCUUUGUCUUCUUCGAGGAUACCGACUCCGCCACCAAGGCGGUGGUGACCAAAUUCCACAACAUCGAAGGCGAGCAAGUGGAGGUGAAGAAGGCUCUGACCAAGCAGGAGCUGUCCACCGGUGGCGGCCGGGGAGGAAGAGGACGCGGCAGAGGGAUGCAGAACAAUGGCGGCGGAAGGGGAGGAGGCGGCGGCUACAGAGGAGGCUACGGCGGUAACUACGGAGGUGGCUACGGCUACGGUGGCGGUUAUGGCGGGGGAUACAACGGCGGAGGUGGAGGCUACGGGGGUUACGAGGGCUACGAGGAGUACGACAACCAGAUGGGUGGCGGGUACAAUAACGGUGACUUUGGGGAAGGCUAUGGACAGCAGCACGCCAAUUAUGGUCCAAUGAAGGGGGGCAACUACUCCUACCGGAGCGGGGCUCCUUACAACAGAGGCGGAGGCGGCGGUGGCUACGGCAGAGGAGGAGGAGGAGGAGGCGGCGGUGGAGGAGGGGGAUUUGGCGGGGGUUAUUAAUUAUUACCUCCCUCCAUUUAGAAAUGUUCAUAGGGAAAUUCUGAUUACAACAAACUUGAAUUUACACACGUAACACAGUCCCAGGUGGGGGUGAAGGGUCUGUGCUGUUCAAUUAUGAGACUGUGCCCAUCACCCACACAGGAUGAAUGGGAUCCUGGCCCCCAUCCACCUCCACCCGGACCCCAUAUGUCCUCUUAUUCCACACGUAAUGGACUUUACUACUACAAUUUGAAUUGUACAUGUGUUAUGUUUUUGUUUGGGGAGGGGGGGAAAUUCUUGUUUUUGAACCAUUUGUAAAAACGAAACCAAUGUCAGUCACUGCUUCUCGACUCAGAUUUGAGUUUGUCUGUCUUGCAAACCAGCCAUGUGUUACUUUUGCGUCAUGAACUCAGGGUUUUAAGUGGAGUUGGUGGCAGUGUCGGGCAGCAUGGGGCUCAGUUGCUUGAGUUUCUUGAUCUUAAAACACUUGUGACUAAGUAUUCUUUUUGAGGGUGGGGAAAUGUCUCGUGGUCAUUUGUUUGUAAAUUUACCUUUUCCACCUCUCCCGUCCCAUUUAGGCCUACAGGCUUUUGUUUAAAUUAAAACUGUUCUGAAAAUCCAUGUGUUCAGUUUGCCCCUAUGUUGUAUUCUGCUUUUAUUAAAGUUUUUAAUGUUUUGAAAAUCUAA